ACGAGGCUGGCGUCUCGCGGGAAAAGGGGUCUCGACGUCCGGGCGCAGGGCGGGCGCGCGCGGGACUUUCAAGCGUCGGAGCAGGAACGCCAGCUGCCAUGAGCCUCUGGGCGGACAAAUACCGGCCCUGCUCGCUGUCCCGGCUGGACUAUCACAAGGAGCAGGCGGCCCAGCUGCGCAACCUGGUGCAAUGUGGGGACUUUCCUCAUCUGUUAGUGUACGGACCGUCAGGUGCUGGUAAAAAGACGAGAAUUAUGUGUAUUCUACGUGAACUUUAUGGCAUCGGAGUGGAAAAAUUGAGAAUUGAACAUCAGACCAUCACAACUCCAUCUAAAAAGAAAAUUGAAAUUAGCACCAUUGCAAGCAAUUACCACCUCGAAGUGAACCCCAGUGAUGCUGGGAACAGCGACCGGGUGGUCAUUCAGGAGAUGCUGAAAACGGUGGCACAGUCCCAGCAGCUUGAGACAAACGCUCAGCGGGACUUCAAAGUGGUUUUAUUGACAGAGGUUGAUAAACUCACCAAGGACGCUCAGCAUGCCUUGCGUAGAACCAUGGAAAAGUACAUGUCCACCUGCAGGCUGAUCUUGUGUUGCAAUUCUACGUCCAAAGUGAUACCGCCCAUCCGCAGCAGGUGUCUGGCAGUUCGUGUGCCUGCCCCCAGCAUUGAAGAUAUCUGCGAUGUGCUAUCCACUGUGUGCAAGAAGGAGGGCCUGAGCCUCCCGUCGCAGCUGGCCCGCCGACUGGCAGAGAAGUCCUGCAGAAACCUCAGGAAGGCGCUGCUCAUGUGCGAGGCCUGCCGCGUGCAGCAAUACCCCUUCACUGCGGACCAGGACAUCCCUGAGACGGACUGGGAGGUGUACCUGAGGGAGACGGCCAACGCCAUUGUCAGCCAGCAGACCCCCCAAAGGCUCCUUGAGGUUCGUGGAAGACUCUAUGAGCUUUUAACUCAUUGCAUCCCUCCCGAAGUCAUAAUGAAGGGCCUCCUCUCCGAGCUCCUGCACAACUGCGACGGGCAGCUGAAGGGGGAGGUGGCCCAGAUGGCCGCCUACUACGAGCACCGCCUGCAGCUGGGGAGCAAAGCCAUUUACCACUUGGAGGCGUUCGUGGCCAGGUUCAUGGCGCUCUAUAAGAAGUUCAUGGAGGACGGCUUGGAGGCCAUGGUGUUCUGACAGCCGCCGGAGCGUCCUCCCCCCGCGUCUCUUGUCGGCGCUUGCGGUCGGCCCGCGCUGGGACGGCUACAGUAGGGGAAAUAA